GAUUGCAGGCGGUACGCUCUGGUACUGGCAUACUGGUGCCUGCUGGGAGCACCAGGUAUCAUUCCGGUGCGGUGUUCCGGAGGGCCUACCCGCCUGCCCUCGUUCCUUACCUGUAUUUGAAGGAAAUGGGGCAACUGCGCAGGCGCAUGCAGCGUACGGUGCCUGCAUGAUGCUCCAAGCAGCUGGAGCAUCGCGGAGGUGUCACGGAGCAUCACAGGAGGUUCAAGGAGGCAAGAUGGCAGCCUCUACUUCGUCAUCAUCAGCUGGUGGAGUGAGUGGAAGUUCUAUGACUGGCUCUGGAUUUAGUGUCUCAGAUCUCGCCACGCCACAGAAAGCCCUCUUUACAUAUCCUAAAGGAGCUGGGGAAAUGUUAGAAGAUGGGUCAGAACGAUUCCUUUGUGAAUCUGUCUUCAGUUAUCAAGUUGCAUCCACACUGAAACAAGUAAAACACGAUCAGCAAGUCGCUCGAAUGGAAAAACUCGCCGGCUUAGUGGAAGAACUGGAGGCAGAUGAAUGGAGAUACAAACCCAUCGAACAGCUCUUGGGCUUCACUCCGUCUCUAGGUUGAAAUAUAGCAAUUGGUUGGUGUGGAAAGAUCCGGGAUUAGUGUAGCUCCAUUUAAAAACUUUCAGUGGCUUUAAACUUUCAUUCUGCGUUUUCCCACAACUCUGAUGACAAUCCAGAAACUAUUGUUGUUGUUUGGGGGUGGGGGGAUUUCCACCAGAUCCAAUAAAGCAUAUUUAUACAUCCUUUUUAGGGUUUUCUUUUUUAGUUCACUUUCACUGCUUGAGGAGAGUGUGAUUUCCGUAACUAAGGAGAUGUAAUCACUUUUCGGGGGGGGGGGGGAAGGCAUGAUUAUUUCAAUUCAACAGUCUUGAUUUGUUGAUCUUGAGCUGCCACAAUGAAAAUUUGACCAAACAGUUGGGCUUUCUUGUGUGUAACUCUUGGAGGGCUGAGUAAGAAGCUGCAGUUUGAAGCCUCAAGCUAUUGCUUUGAAGAGAAAUGUGAUAAUAGGACAGGUUCACUUGGAGGGCAGAAAAAUAUUAACCAUUUCCUAUAUUUAGGUUGUUUGCUGAGAGUGCAUUUUGACAGCUGUUCCUCUGCUAAUUAUGUGUGGAAAUGGUCAGAACAAGUCUUAAAAAGAGACAUGGACUGUCCUGUUGGCUGUACCACUCCACCCGAAUAGCCUUAUUCAGUAAAUAAAUUAUUUCAGCUCUUGCCA